CCCUCUCUCUCACCAUAAAAGAAUCCUCCGUAAUUCAGAAAGCUUUAGCUCCUCAAAACGGAACGGAAUCACACCUGCAACACGUAAUUUCCAACAUUUCAAUUCAAUUCGAUCUAAUCCCUUUGUGUUCUUUAAAAAAUAGUUUGGAAAAUGAGGUAAAAGAAGUUUGUUUCCCGCCAGCUGACAUGAAAGUGACACAAGUGCAGAGGGUGAGGAGUCUGCGUCAGUUUCAGUUAUACCGGGAUUGGCUUUUGCGUGGGGCUGCUGCUGCCUUCAUGGAAGCUAAGCUAUCACAUGACUCUGCCAUUGUAUUUCUGUAAAUGUGGUGUAAUCUCCUUUCUUUAUUUUCACUUCCUCAUGCUAAUGAUAUCAUCCUGCCUUUAUUAUUUUGGUUUUUGUUUUGGACUCUUCUUCUCUUCAAGUUCCUAGGCGUAACGUCCCCUCCUCCAUUUUCUUCUCUAUUUUACUUCACUGUAAUUUAACAUAAGGUUAAAUUCUCAGUUUCUUUUUUUACAGCUUCAUCUGUCUGUCUGUGUUGUAAAUACUUAAUUUUUACAAAAUACAAAGUAUAAGAAAAGGAUUGGAGGAAGACAUCUCCUCUUUUGCAGUCCAACAAUUGAUGGCCACAUUCUCCUCCAAUUCUUAUCUUCUCUGCUGAGCUAAUUUUAUACUUUUCACUUGUUUCCAUAACAGUUUUUUGUAUUAUACCAUCAGUGAUUACGAAUCCCUUUUUGUUUUUUUUUGGUUUUAAUCACUUGUGCUGGAGCUGCCGCUGAUCUAACGGCGAUGUAGAUCUUCCUCAUCGAGAAAAGUUUGAGAGAGGUAAAGCAAAGAAUAAUAUGGAAUUUGAGGAGAACGACGAGCAAGAAGAAGAAAUAGGCAUGCCGGUUCCACCGGUAAGCGGAGAUGGCACAUCAACAGCUAGAAAAGCCGGAAGCUUGAUCAGAUAUCGAGAGUGUCAAAAGAACCACGCGGUGAACAUCGGUGGCCACGCGGUUGAUGGUUGUGGUGAGUUCAUGGCGGCUGGCGAGGACGGCACCAUCGACGCUUUAAAAUGCGCCGCGUGUAACUGCCACCGAAAUUUUCACCGGAAAGAAAUUGAAGGAGAAAACACUGGAGUCUUAUAUCAACACCCUCACCAUCCCCAAUUCUCGCCUUACUAUCGUGCGCCUCCACCGCCUGCUGGAUACUUGUAUCUAACGUCUCCUAGACCGCUAGCCUUGCCGUCAGCCUCAGGCGGUGGCUACAGUAGGGAGGAUGAAGGAUUGUCGAAUCCGAGUAGUAGUGGUGGGGGAAGUGGUCGAUUAAAAAAGAGGUUUAGAACAAAGUUCACAGCUGAACAGAAGGAAAAAAUGCUAGGGUUUGCAGAGCGGCUCGGUUGGCGAAUUCAAAAGCAUGAUGAGGCUGCUGUUGAACAAUUCUGUGCUGAGACUGGCGUGAGAAGGCAUGUGCUUAAGGUUUGGAUGCAUAACAACAAGCACACUCUUGGUGAAUGAAGGUAUGACUAUGGAUGGAUAGCUCUUGUCUUGACACUUGACAACUCUUUAAAAUGGAUAUGGAAAUGAAACUCCAUUAUGGUAUUCACACUCUUUCUUACUCCUCCAUUAAUUGCUUUAUAUCUUUCCGUCUUCCUUUGAUUAUUUUUCUUAAUUAAUUUCCUCUCCAUCUUUUUAGAAUGAAAACGCUAGUUAGCGACUGUAGUAGAAAAACUAAACAUGUUAAUGCUGGGGAAACUUGACAACUUGAAUCUGUCGGAAAAAUGAUCUCAAGCUCGGUCUCUUGUUGCCUGCCUUUUAUUCUGUUUCCCUUAUGGAACAUGUGGGCUCGACUCCACACCCACAAGCCUGAGUAAGAGAAUGUUAACCUUCAACAGUUUUUAAUAUUACUAACUUUGCCCUAAAGAUAAUUUUACGUAUUCUACUCAUCAAGGACGUAUUAAAUGUACAACCCAUCUGGCGAAGUUGGACAAAGUUCCAGAUCAUUAAAAAAAAAAAUCAUAUGCUAAUUGUGAAACACAAAUUUUAUCUUUCGAAAAGAUGAAAAUAUAAUCACAUUUGUUCAUAGUAGAUAUGUUGUAGGUGGGUGGGGAUUGGGGUUGGAGGGAUUUGUGAUUGCGAGGAAAUUAUUUUAGGUGAUGUUUUUGUUUAAAACAUAAUGUAUAGUCAGAGGACUUUACGGAUGUAGGGUAGUUGUUGGGAAAAUAAAUAGAUUCCUUAUUGGAAGUAAGGGGCUAUUUUGGGAGGAAAGCACUGUUGUUUGUUUUGCCGUUAUAUCGAAAUCACCUGUCAACA